AUGUCAGAGCACGCUGGAAAAGUCAUCACCUGUAAGGCUGCCGUGGCCUGGGAGGCGAAGAAGCCGCUGUCUAUUGAGACGAUCGAGGUUGCGCCACCGAAAGCGCAUGAAGUCCGCAUCAAAGUCCUCUUCAAUGCCGUUUGCCACACCGACUCGUACACCCUGGAUGGACACGACCCCGAGGGACUGUUCCCCUCGAUCCUCGGACACGAAGGCGCCGGAAUCGUGGAAAGCGUUGGAGAGGGCGUGACGGACUUCCAGCCUGGAGACCAUGUGAUCCCGCUCUACGUCCCGCAGUGCAAGGAGUGCAAAUUCUGCAAGAACCCGAAGACCAACUUAUGCCAGAAAAUUCGCAUCAGCCAGGGCAACGGCGUCAUGCCAGAUGGAACUUCUCGCUUCACGUGCAAGGGCAAGCAGCUCUUCCACUUUAUGGGCACUAGCACCUUCAGCGAAUACACUGUCGUCGCCGAUAUUUCGCUGGCCAAGAUUGACAAAAAUGCGCCGCUCGACAAGGUUUGCCUGCUCGGCUGUGGAAUUUCUACCGGCUACGGUGCGGUCUUGAACACGUGCAAGGUCGAAAGUGGAUCUACCGUCGCCGUUUGGGGACUCGGUGCUGUCGGACUGGCCGUGAUUAUGGGAGCUCGCACGGUUGGCGCAAGACGGAUCGUCGCAAUCGACACGAAUACCGGAAAAUUCGACGCUGCCAAGAAGUUCGGCGCCACGGACUGCGUCAACCCCAAAGAUUGCCCGGAAGGAAAGAGCUUCCAGUCGUGGCUAGUGGAAGAAUUUGACGGAGGAUUCGACUACACCUUCGAAUGCAUUGGAAAUAUCAAUACGAUGCGCCAAGCCCUGGAAGCCGCUCACAAGGGCUGGGGAGUUUCGUGUGUUAUCGGAGUCGCUGCUUCGGGCCAAGAAAUUGCUACACGCCCGUUCCAGCUCGUCACUGGCCGCACGUGGAAAGGAUCGGCAUUUGGUGGCUGGAAGUCGGUGGAAUCGGUCCCGAAGCUUGUGCUGGACUAUAUGGGCAAGAAAAUCGAACUCGACGCCUUCGUCACCCACACCUAUCCACUCGAGAAAGUAAAUGACGCCUUUGACGCGAUGCACAAGGGAGAAUCGCUGCGAGCCGUCAUCACGAUCCAA